UUUUACAUUUUAUAGGUUUUUCCUUCAUUAGAUUGAUGUUCAGCUGUGUAUCUAAUUCUAUUUAAAUUAGAUGUUGCAAUGCUGGAUAUAAUACAUUUUCUUUUUUAUUGGAUGCUGGAUAUAAAACUUCUGUAGCUCCUAAGAAGUUUUAAAUGGUAGGUGAUCAUUCUGCACUACUUACUGGAUAUAAUACGUAUGGUUCACUUGAGUUUUGAUUCUAUCUCAUUUUUUUAGCUCGUGUCCUAAAAUUAUUUGGCAAAGAAAAUGGACGGGGUGAAUUUCUCAUCAACAUUACAGUGGCCCUACCUAGCUCCCAUGGCAAGAAGUUCAUGGGAAAGAUUUCCGAAGAAAAGUCUGGUGGGUUUGUCACUUGUGAGAGCCAUUUCGAAGAAAAGUGUGUUGACAAUAUAGUGGGUAUUGCAUAUGUAAUGGAUAUGCUGGAUUAUGUUGAAAAGGUUGAUAAACUAGAAAGUUUUACUGUGGGAGCAAUUGCGCAUAAGCCUACCUACUUUGUACCUGAUUCAAUGUCCGUGUGGAAUCUGCUGAGAGAGUUCCGCAUAGGAAGGUUCAUAUGGCUAUUGUUCUAAAUGAAUAUGGUGGAACUGUGGGAGAUAUGGUGAAGCUUGUGAUUCAGAGAUAUACUAGAGAAGCUGGUGUGCAAAAUCUAGAGAGAAACUUAGCUGCCCUGGCUCGUGCAGCUGUUGUUAAAGCUGUUGAGCAAGAAUGUGCAGUUCUAGUCAGCAAAGAUGUAUACCCGAUGGCAGAAUGACUUCUUGAUACAAGACUUGCAGAUAGUGCUAAAGUUGAAAUGGAAGUCAUUCCAAUGGGUGUUAACGGACAUGAAAUAUCAAAUGCUCUUAGGAGUACCCCAGCAUUGGUUGUAGAUGAGGCUAUGCUGGAAAAGAUACUGGGGCCUCCUAGGUUUGAUGACAGAGAAACUGCAGAACGUAUGGCAACUCCUGGAGUAUCAGUUGGGCUUGUCUGGACCUCCUUUGGUGGAGACGUCCAGUUCGUUGAGGCCACAUCAAUGGUGGGAAAGGGUGAUUUGCAUCUCACUAGCCAACUUGGUGGUGUUAUCAAAGAAUCUACUCAAAUAGCUCUAACAUGGGUAAGGGCAAGAGCAACAGAUCUUAAGUUUUCAGCCGCUGGGGAUAUCAAUUUGCUUGAGAAUCAACAUAUUCAUAUACAUUUUCCAGCAGGAGCUGUACCUAAGGAUGGACCCUCAGCAGGAGUCACUUUGGUAAAAUCUUUAGUUUCUCUAUUUAGUCAAAGAAGAGUUCGAGCACGUACAGCAAUGAUCGGAGAUUACUACCGAGCAUACAUAAUCUAGUUUCUCUGUUGCUCCAUGUACAUACUACUAAUUAUACAUGAUAUAGAUUACUACCGAGCAUACAUAAUCUAGUUUACUACUAAGUAUACAUAUAGGUUAUAUAUCCAAAUUGAUAUUGUAAUUUACAUAUGAAAUGAUGGGUGCUAUUAUUAUAAUCUUGCAUGUUCGAUUAACUGAAUAUUUAUUAAAAGAAAACUAAGAGGGGAAACAAAAUAGCUGAUGGGAUCAUG